AUGUCAGAGAAUGAUCUCCCCAAUGCUAUACUGAGUAGGAUUGUCAAGGCUGCUCUACCAGAGAAUGUACAGAUAGCAAAUGAAUCGAAGCUGGCAUUCGCCAAAGCAGCCAAGGUUUGGGUACACUAUGUCACUGCAUGUGCCAAUGACUUCUGCCAGAAUGCAAACAGGUCAACAUUGUUAGGAAAGGAUGUCAUUAGCGCACUGGAGGAGAUAGACUUUGGUCAGUUUGUAGAGCAAAUGGAAGAGUUCCUCGCUGAGUAUAAGAAAGAGACUGCAAAGGAUAAAGAGGAUAAGGAGAAUGCAAAGGAGAAAGAGAAAGAGAAAGAGAAGGAGAAGGAGAAAAAGGACAGUGCUACAUCAACAUCUACAACUACAACAUCGACGAAAGAUAAGGAAAAGGAUAAGGAUACAGGUAGCAGCAGCAGUAAAGAUACAAAGGCUUAA